UUUGGUUCUUCUCUUCUUGCCCUUUCUCAUUUCUUUUCUCCUCAGAGCUAUCGAAGGACUCUCAGAAUAUAUUAUUCUUGAUAUAUCUUAAACAUCUCUUAGAGAAAUAACCCAUCUCGAGAUCUCAACCUCUUCUUUCCAAAUCCGAGUUUCUCAGUAAAUUUCGUUUCCAAUCACGGCAAUUCUUUCACGUAGCUGUAUACAUAUCAAAACGAACUCUCACAACAUGUCAUCUUCAACUUCUACCUCUACCGCUUCUGCUACCAACUCUACCACCACCACUGCUCCCACCACUUCCUCUGGAACUGACCAAUACUAUGGUUAUGGUCGUCUUGCCCAAUUUUCGGCUAAGGUCAUCACUUUUCUCUUCCCUCGUGUCACUAAACCUACAACGGAAGGAGAGGGAUCGGAAGAAGCAAACAACAAUGCUAAAGUGGAUCAGCCUGAUACGAAGAGUGGAGAAGCAGAGGAAAAAAUACCUUGCUUGGUUGAAUUCAUUGCCUAUGCGUUGUUUCGGACCAGGUUGUCCGAAGAAGCUAUCUAUGGGGCUUUAAUCCUCUUGACUCGACUCAAGAGCUUUUACCCUGGUGCCAAAGGUACUGCCACCAGUCCUCAUCGACUGUUUAUCACCUCCCUCAUGUUAUCCUCCAAAAUGUCUAUGGAUGAUACAUACUCGAACAAAUCAUGGGCAAUCGUUGCACAAAACUUAUUCGGUCUUGAGGAAUUAAACCGCAUGGAACGAGAGCUCUUUGGGUUUUUGAAGAUGAAAUGUUUGGUGACUCCAGAGGAAUUGAACGAUUGGUGUGAUGCUUGGUCUAUUGAUUCACCAUCUGGUCAUCAAUAUGACGAUGAGGAAAGAAGAGAGAAGAAGAAACAAAAGUCUUCAAGUGAAGCUGAAGAUUCGGCUUCGUCUCAUUCGGUUUCGUCUCAUUCGGCUCCUUCGAUUGGUGCACCGGCUACUCCAUCUUCAUUUGAUGAAGAUGAACAGAACAAUAGUGGAUGGUCUUCGGAUGAUCCACAUGCUGAUAGUAGUUCGGUUUAUCCUCCUUCAUCAUCACCGGCUCCUAGUAACGCUAGUUCGAGUGACCAAUAACCAACUCGUCUCUUUUUUUUCUUCAUCUUUCUUGAAUUCUUUCAUCCUUCUUGUAUAAUUGUGUCACUAUAGUGUUGAUCUUCUUUUAUCGGACGCUUUUUUUUAUUCUGAUCACCUAUUAUGUAAGCCGAUUUGAGCAAGGUGUUGUCUCAAAUAAUUUAAAUUGAUUUCUUUUUUUACUCUAUGAUAUCUCAAGUGCGGAGUUUAUGUGUUCCUUUAUCAUCUUUUCUCUUCUUCUUUUUUUCUCUUCAAUUUUACCUUUUCGUAUUUUCUUGUGAUGUUUUUUUAUGAUUUGAUUUAUUUAUUUUAUUCUCCUCACCUUAAAUUUAUUUAUUUCUUGUGUGAUGGUGGACUGGGUGGGGGACGGGACAUUUCUUCUUUCUUCUUUUUUCAUUUCCUAUUUUUUCUCAUCAAAUUACGUGUAACAGUUUCUUUUCUUUUUUUUUUUCUUUUUUCAGAAAAGUAAACAAACUUGAUGUAUUAUGUUUGUUUUUUCAAUUUUAUAAAAAAAAAGAAUGAUAAAACAAAUAAAAAUAAGGAUAGAUACCAUCUACAGACCAAAUGCCCAUCAACAUAAAUUUGUAUCUUGACUCUUAUUGGUAAAUUUGUUCCCCUUUGUACUC